GCAGUAUCUAUAGAACCUCAAAGCGCAUUGGUCGAGAUAUAAGGCCACAUUAGAUUAGUCUAUGUAGCAUCCGGGCCUUACAAGAUAUUUCUGAGAUAUUUCAUUGUGUUUUUUACUCAUAUAGUAUAAGAAGUUCCUUUGUGUCAAGUAUUGGAGAAAUGGAUAUCGUUAAAUGAUGCGCAUGUAUAUAUGUAUAUAUAUAUGUAUAUAUAUAUGUAUAUAUAUAUAUAUAUCUGUAUAUAAUUAUGCAUCGUUUUUUUUUUCCAAUCAUAUCUCAAAAUUUAUUUUUUAUCAAUGCAAAUAAUAAUGAAGACCGUCCGUAAUUUCAUCAAACUCAUGUAACGAUUUCAAUUGUAGUUAUAUCACAGAAGAUGGCGCAGCGAUUCCGUAAAAAGUUUAACGCCGGCAAAGAUUCAAUGAAAUACAUGCGUCGAAGAUCGACGAAACGCGCUGUUAGAAGUAUAAAAGAAAUUAAAUUGUUUGAUACGUCGAUGGUGAAUAAUAAAGAAGAUUUUAUGAACAUAAUAGGACUCGAAAUGAAAAGGCAAGAAAUAGAAAAUAACGUGGAAAGAAAUAAUAACGUGAUAAUUAAGGAGAAAAACGAAGAGAAGGAAGAGGAAGAAGAAGAAGAAGAAGAAGGUGAAGAAGAUGGAAAAGAAAAUUCUUUGGAUACUUUAAGAAUACGAAAAUGCAGUGUCGUUAUUGUUGCCGAAAGAUGUAAAAUUUGUGACUUACCUUUUAAAUGUAAAAGUGACGUUAUAUUCCACACGGUUAUGCGACACGGUAAUGAUCCCGUUAUAAGCAAUAACUAUACGGGAACCGAUGCCGUUACGAAGAAACAACGUUUAAACAUUCGAAGAAGGAAAACACCGAAUAACAAUAAUAAUUUCUUUCGUCUUAAAAUAAAAAUAGGCGAGGAGAUCAUUUCGGAUAUUACUAUAAAUCGUAAACAUUUGAAAAUAUUAAAUUCCUCUUCUAGUUCUACAUCUAAUUCAUCAUCAUUUUUCCCGCCAAAAAUAAUCAAUCCUGAAAAUCGAAAGAAUGAAGAUUCUAUUAUGGUUAAAAAUAAUUCUGAAAGUAGUCUACUAGGUAUUGAUUAUUUCGGCUCGACAAAGAAUCAUUACGAGAACUAUGUUAUGGGCGUUCAACCCUUGAAUCGUAUACAUAUGUUAGACGACUCCCUAUUAAAUGAAGGGUUUCGAUAUAACGAUGACGGUAAUCGUUCAAAGCAUGUUAUAGAUGUGGAAAAUAAAAAUACGGCGUAUUGUAACGAAGAAACCGUAUUCUUUAGAUUACCUUUGUUAUGUUCUUUACCUAAGGAUAUUAAGAUAAAAAAUAAUGAAAAUUCGUACAUAACUAAUACCUCAUCUAUUGACGAAUGUAAUACAUUCAAUAAAGAAAAUACAGUUGCUAAAACGCAAUUGGUAAAAAAUAUUGUAAAUGUUGGCCAGUCAAUGGUACCUACCGAAAUGCAUUUGGAAUCCCUUAAGGAAGAUGAGAAUAAGGUUGACGACGAUGAAAUACAGGAAAUACUUCGUAUUACCAAAAGAAGACGGACGAACAAUAACAACGAUAAUAUCAUACGCAAAUUAGAUAGUCCUUUAAAUAGAGAACGAAUGUUGUUACCCGAUUCCGAAGAAGAAUUUAUCAAUAUGAGGGAAAAGGGAUACCAUUUAUGUAUAUCGAUAGUAUGAUAUAUCAUCAAUACCAAUCCCUUGAUGUUUUCCUCCGUCGUACUGGAUAACAUCGGAAUUAUUCGAACUUCGUAAUUACGCCUAUAGUAUGUAGUAUAAAAACAUAUAAGGAUGCAACGGAGAUAACAAAUAGCGACGCUAUGAAAAGUUGAAAGAGAACUCCUAACUUUUCUUCUUUGAAAAUCGCUUAAAGCCUAUUAUUAUUUUUGUAUUAUAGACUGAUGUAGUGUUUCAA